AUGGCGAACAAGCUGACAGCAUACCUGAUGCGUAUCACAACUCGAUAUAUGACUAAGUACGAGCGUGCAAGAGUGGCGCUGCAAAUAGCAAUGUGUGCACCAGUUAUGGUAGAGCUGGAGGGAAAAACUGAUCCACUGCAAAUAGCUAUGAAAGAAUUAAAACAAAGUAAAAUUCCAAUUAUCAUCAGAAGAUACCUUCCAGAUCAUUCCUAUGAAGACUGGAGCAUUGAUGAACUUAUUAUAAUUGAUCAUUAA